GGCUGACUCAGUGGGAUGCAAGGCAGGAGAGAAGAUUGGGUGCUUGGGACUAUCCCUGUUUCCCCCCCAGAGUCAGCUCGUCAGGAGGAAGGGGCAAACUUGGAGUUUACACCCCCAACCCCGUAUUCUACCCUGAUACCUUCUCAGAAGGCAGUGGCAGCUGAGGACAGCAGGCUCACACAGACGCCUGAGCUUGUCCCCCGGGGUCCUCCUUCCCUGGCCCUCCAGGCCCUGAGCCCGGCAGCUGCCGGAGGAGGGAGACACCGAGAUACUUUCACUUCUCCUUUCCCCUUUUGGGCGGAGUCCUCUCUGGCCAGUGAGCUCGCAGACUUCCUGCUCAGCACCCUGUACCCAGGCUGUGGGGACCGGAGGGGCCCCAGGCCAAGCUCAGGGCCCAGGCUGGAAGAUGGCUCACGGGGGCGUCAACCUCAGCACCAGGAUUGCUGGAAAUUACCCAUAAAACUCUUCGAAACUGACAUCUGUGUGUGUGGGUGUGGAGAGAUGCAAGGGUUAAGGAUGUCUGCAGAAGACCAGAAUACAGAUGACAGGCUGAUCUAUGAGGCUGUAUUCAGUUACUUCAAAAGACAUAAAGUGGAGAUUUCAAAUGCAAUAAAAAAGACAUUUCCUUUUCUUGAGUGCCUCCGUGACCGUGAAUUCAUCACCAAUAAAAUGUAUGAUGACUGUCAAGAUUCUUGUAGAAAUCUGGUGCCUGUACACAGAGUGGUGUACAAUGUUCUCAAUGAACUGGAGAAGACAUUUGACCUGUCACUUCUGGAAGCGGUGUUCAGCGAGGUCAACAUGCAGGAAUACCCUGGUUUAAAUCACAUUCAUAGAAGCUUCAAAAAUGCAAUCCAAGAGAAACUUCAUCAAAAAAGUGAGGAAGAAGAGAGGGUGCAGAGGCCGAAUGACCAAAUAAGCGUGGGAAUAGGAACUGGUGAAAAUUCAUAUCGAAGUCUGACGUGGUCACAGGCUGAAGACUUGUGUCACAAAGGUACCGUCCCACGGGAAAAUGGGCCCUCAGAGCACCUCUGUGACACGGAACAGAUAAAUGCAAAAGAACAAGAUGCAACAAGUGACAAAAAUAAGGCCCUAGAAGGCCAAGAAGCGAAUGAACACUGUGCCCCGGAGUCGGAGACCGCAGAGUCCUGUGAACAAGAACCUACCCAUGUGAACAAUGGAGAUGCAAGGAAGGAGACACCCAGCCCCUUGUCCUGGGAAAAAGAAAAAGCAAAGCUGCCCAGUGAUAGAAUCCAAAUGAAUUCCUGCUCUGUAAAUCUGGUGGAUAUAAAGAAGGAAAAGCCAUUUUUUAACCCAAUAGUUGAACGGCAAGCAGAAGCAAGGACGAGCUGUAACCAGGCACCUGACAUAAUAGUGAUCACCAGUGAGGAUUCUGCAGAAUCCAGUGAUGCAGAUGAGCCCCCGGAAGUCUACACCUGGGCACUGCAAAGUGAGCCUGUGAUCGGUAACCUCGACUCAUUAGAAUCGAGUGGGGAAGGAGAGACCCAAGAAGCCACCUGCUCACAAACUCAGAUUACACCAGGUGAGAAUGUUAGGAUCAUAGCCUGGACAACAAAUAUUCAGAGUCGGAAUUCAGAGCUCUGUUUUCCUGAGCCCAUGGGUUUCAGAAAAUUGCCUGCAUCCAGAAAAAGAGCUUAUAUUUAUAAAAGAGGGACAUUUGCCCCUACUGCAGUGAAAAGAUAUGAUGACUCUUCCGAGUCCAGUGGGGAGGAGGCACCGCCGGGAGCCUGCAGCUCAGCAGUGAGAAGUGAUUCUGACGAGGGAGCCUCCCUGGAUAAGUGGAAAAUCUGGAAGCAGACGUAUAUGCCGACAAAUAGAGAAGGAAUCGGCAGUGGUGACUUUUCACAACUGAGUAAUGGAGAAGAGCCUCAGGAAACUUCUAGCUCAGCCCUGAGAAGUGGGUCAGGAGCAGAGCUACAAAGACAUGAAAACAAGAAGUGUUCCUGUGUCAUGUGUUUCUCAGAAGGAGUGCCAAGAGGCCAAGGAGCAAGGACGGAAAGUAGCCAAGCCUCUGACGUGAUGGAUACCAUGGAUAAUGGAAACAAUUCUACUUUGGGAACGCACCAUGGGAAAAAAACAUUUUCCUAUUUUCCUAUUUUCUUCAUGGGAAAGAGAGGCGGACAUAGAACCCAAACUCAGAGUAACAGAGCCUCGUGGACAAGAAACAGACCAAGAGGGAGAAAACCUGUCAACACUGGGUCUUUGAAAAAAAUCAGAAGAAGAGUUCCAAGAAUUCCCAGAGAUAAAAAUAUGGAUUUUAGACUUCCUGAGCUUCCUGUGACCUGCGGCAAAGUGAAGGGGAUUUUACAUAAGGAGAAAAUGAAACAAGGUGUCUUGGACAAGUGCAUACAGACUGAGGACGGAAGGUGGUUCACCCUCAGGGAAUUCGAAAUCGAAGGGAACUACGCAUCAUCCAAGAACUGGAAGCUGAGCCUGCGCUGUGGCGGAUGGCCCCUGAAGGUCCUUAUUGAGAAAGAAUUUCUACCAAACCCAUCAAGAAAAAGAAAAAAGAGAACACCAGAACCUCGCAACAAUACCUUAGUUGACCCUUAUCCCCAAAAUUCAAAUUUAUGUAAGGUGUGCCGUGGAACUGGACUGUUGUUCUGCUGUGAUACUUGUUCAAGAUCUUUUCAUAAGGAAUGCCACAUCCGGGCUAUAGAUGUUCACAGCAACCCUUGGAGUUGCGUCUAUUGCAGGAUAGAGGCCAUUCAGAAAAAGUGCCCAGAAAACCAAGCAUGUCAUCAGGAAUCAGACGUCCUGAAGAGGCAGAUGCUGUAUGAGGAGCAGUUGAAAUGUGAAUUCCUCCUCUUGAAGGUCUACAGCUCUUCAAAAAGCCCUUUUUUUGCUAAACCACGUUAUAGGAGAGCAACAUCUCAGGGCCCAAAGAGGCCCAUGUGGUUGAACAAAAUUAAGGAAAAGCUGAAGAAGAAGCUGUACCCCCAAGUGCAGGACUUUGUGAGGGACAUGCGCCUCAUCUUCCAGAACCACAGGACACUUUACAGGAAUAAAAGCAAAUUCGUCAUGCUGGGACGUCAGCUGGAGGUAGAAUUUGAGAAUAAUUUCAGAAACAUUUUUGCAAUUCAGGAAAGAAGCAAAGAUAGCCCUCCGUGCAAGCCCAGCCUUCCCUAGCGAGGCCCGUGUCUGGUCCCCUUCAGAGCCCCAGCCGCCGCCCGAUAAGUGCCUGUGGUCACACGGACCCUCCUGCCCGUUGCUGUGCAAACAGCACCUCCCACUUCUUUUCCGAAAUCUUUUGUUGCCAUUCCUGCUCUUUGAUUUUUUAAAAUAAAAUUUAAACCUGUCUUGUCAA